CAAUCCCCACCGACGCUUUCUUCUUUUUACAGGAACAGGAGUAUUUUUGGUAGUAGCAGCCUACUUUACUGAGAAUACGAUAUGUGUACGUGGUAGUUUACACACUUUUUUCUCCUCAUAAAAACAAUAUAUCACAUAUCCAACGGACAUCAUUCAGAGAUCGAUGAUGCCUCCGCGAAACCAAGAUUUCGGACUGAAAAAGGCUGGAGGGGCCAGGAGCGGGUCCGUGAUAAACUUCAGAAAAACUGUGAAUUCCGGCUCUUUACGCCGCAGCUCUACUGUCUUGCCAUCGGUGCUGACGUUCGCUGUGAUCGUGGCGUCCGGGGGCCUUCUGCUCAUGAUAGAGAAAGGAAUGCUGAAUAGUAUGGAGACACCACCACCUCUGGGAUACAGCAAGAGGUCAGGCUACCCCAGACAAGCCCGAAAUCUCGAUCCAGCUGUGGACGCAGAAUCCCAGAUUCUCCAGGAGAUCCGUAACCGCACCAUCCGGACCAUGUGUGGUCAGAAGAACAUGCCUCACAGUGUGUGGUCCCUGAGCCCCCUGCAGAGGAAAACCCUGCUGCAGCACAUCCUGGUGAACGACGAGCACCGCUUCCUCUACUGCUACGUCCCCAAGGUGGCCUGCUCCAACUGGAAGAGGGUUCUGAAGGUCCUGAGUGGGGCUCUAGAGAACGUGGACGUCAACAUCAAGAUGAACCACAAGAGUGACCUGCUCUUCCUGUCCUCCCUGAAGCCUGAGGAGAUCCGCUAUAGGCUGAAACACUACUUCAAGUUCAUGUUUGUCAGGGAACCCAUGGAGCGCCUUCUCUCCGCUUACAGGAACAAGUUUGGGGAGAUCAAGGCCUACCAGGAGAAGUACGGUGCCGAGAUCAUCAGGCGCUACAGAAAGGGCCAUGCCAAGGAUACAGCAGUGGCUGGGGAUGAUGUGACUUUUGCUGAGUUUGUGCGCUACCUGCUGGAUGAGGAUGUGGACCGCAUGAAUGAGCACUGGAUGCCCAUCUACAACCUGUGUCAGCCAUGUGCCGUGUCCUAUGACUUCAUUGGCUCCUAUGAGCAUCUGGAGAGUGAUGCGGACUAUGUGCUACAGCGUAUUAGUGCACCUCCACACGUCCACUUCCCUGAGCGACAGACGUGGUACAAGCCUGUCACCAAGGAGACGCUGCACUAUUACCUAUGCAGUCUGCCUCAGAAGCUUCUCAGGGAACUCCUGCCCAAGUAUAUUCUAGACUUUUCCCUGUUUACUUACCCCUUCCCCAACACAACCACUGAGUACUGCAGACAUUAACUGCAAGAUGGUAUUUUAUACUUGGAAAUAUUAUUUUUCUACAGCAUCUUGUUACACAUUUGCCAUUUCUUUUUUUCUUUUUUAUUAUUCUGAGGGAACAAGCAGUAUUUUGAUAUGUUACUUUUUACAUUAGAUGUUACAGCAUUGGGAAAUAUGAAUUGUGUGUUUGAGUAUAUGCAUAAAACCACUGAACUCGAAAGGAAUUGUAUUUUUAGAAGGAAAGAGGAUGUUACUGAAGCAAAUCAAUUAAGUAAUUAAACUGUUACUGUCCAAUUGCUCUAAUUACUGUGCACUCCAUCUGGGCUUCAACCAAACAACGACCCAACAAAGUAUUAAAGCCCCAAUAACACA